AUGAUUGCGAUGCACCAUGUGUAUGCUGAGAUACUGGAUUUGGGUAAAAGACCCAAAUGGUAUCCAAAUGAUGGUCCAGUUAUUGAGACCGAAUGUAUGGAGGAUUAUUCCAUAAGCCCUGAUACUAUUGCUGAAAUAAAGAAAUUCGAAAUUAAAAAUACUCCCGAUGUUCGAUCGUAUUUGCUGUGUUAUCUGAAGGAGGCGAAUGUCUAUCGCCCCGAAAAGGGACCCGAAAUUAAACGUAUUGCAUGGUCUCUGAAAGAGAUGUUCAACUUGAAUAAAUGUGAUUUGGAUAUGAUACGCGAUUGUGUGGAGGAACAUCAAUCGGAUGAACUGAAAGAUUAUGCCUAUUUUAAUAUCAUUAAAUGUGCCUAUGAAAAAGCUCCAGCUAGAUGUUUGCAGAAAGGUGAAAAGAAGUGA